AUGUUGAAGUUGUGGCUCGGGCUCGCUCUAACGGCUGAUUCAUCGGCGUUAUUUAGGGGAAGCAAUAGUUUUGGGAUGAGUCUAAAAAGGCCAUCGGAGCUCUAUAAACACCUAAGAGUUUCCAAGAGAUAUAUCCUGGGGAAAUCCCAUGAUGACAUAGUGACAUCGCUCCCAAAAGAUGAAGAUGCCCCCGAGCUAGAGUCACGACUUCAAUUCCAUAAGCAAUUUAUGAUAGGAGCGCAAAGUAACAGAGCGGGGUUAGGAUCAAAUAGGAAAGUCCAAGAUGCGGAUAUAUUGAAGUCUUUUAUUCGGCAAGACGAGAAUGAUAAAUACAAGAUCCAUGCAAUGAAUUUAGAAAUGCAGAACGAGUGGUUAGACAUAGGAGAUUUUUGCAUCCCAUUAGCAUUAAAAUGGCGCACUUUAAUUUAUGAUUGGUCGCCAGCAUUGCUAAAAUUCUAUCUCAAUGCGUUCCAGAUGACUCUCCCAGACCAGAGUAAUUUAGUAAGAUGGGGUAAAAGUACCGAAAAAACUUGCUAUAUCUGUGGAAAGGCAGUUGGAACUGCUAAGCAUCUGCUGGUGGGAUGUAAGGUACUCCUUGACAGCGGUCAAUACUCGCGUCGUCACGAUAGGGUUCUAGAAGUCAUACGUUUUGUGAGAGAAGGCACUAGGGCUACAAAAUCAAACGUCAAGCCUUACUCCAUCCUUAAAGCGGCGUCGGAUUGGACUAUAAUGAUGGACACGUAUGAAAAACAAUAUAAAAUCCCCGAGGAUAUUUGUGCGUCGGCCUCCAGACCGGAUAUAUUUUUGUUUUCGCGAAUUUUAAAGCGCGUAGUGAUGAUAGAGUUUACGGUCCCUUGGGAAACCAACAUCCCCAAAGACCAUACCAUCAAGGUCAACAAAUAUUACGAGCUCACAAACGAACUCACGAACGAACGAAAGUAG